AUGGACAAGACGAGUGCUGGCUCGAAAGAGCACACGCAAGGAGAUCUUGCGGUCACGGAUGACCCCACUGGGAGUACGAGUAACAAGACCGCUCCAGCACAAGGCUUCGAAUGGAUCGCACAUGGAGAUGCUUCAGCUCGUCGGAGAGCGAGAGCUCAUGUAACAAGAGGAUUUAGGAGAGCCAAAGCAGCUCAAGCGCAGUUGGAAAAAGGUGGAGAUGUCGUUCGAAAAAAGGGAAAGAAGUCGAAGAGCAUUUCUCCGCCAGAAUCGGAGUCAGGAAGUUCGACUUCGUCUCCUGCGGAAUCGACGCCAAUAUAUAAUGAAGAAGUCCAAGUCGCUCCAUCUGCGGUGGUUGUACAGAAUCUAGGCGCUGGUCUAGGAUCAGGCAGGACCGACCCGUUCUCGUCUUUGCCCGUGAAUAUGAGCCCUGAUGCGUAUGCACUACUGGAUCAUUAUUUCUUUGGGAUGGCACCUCUAAGCUUUGCCGGUGACCAGCGAUCCAAUUUCCAGCCUGUGAAAUCACUCAUCUUCAACGUGGGGCUUGCAGACUCAUCCGUUUUCCAUCUGGUACUAUCGGCCGCUGCCAAGGAUAUUGCAUACAUACGUGGCCAAGAAGAAUCUCAAGAUGUUGUCCGACAUAGAGGCAUCGCCUUGGAAUUGAUCAAGAAGCGAGUUCUGGAUUGGCAGGCAAGUUCUGCAGAUGGCACCCUUGUAGCAGUAGCUCUCCUCGCAGGGACUGAGCUUUUGUUCGGCACACCUCAAAACUAUAAUACCCACAUGGCGGGAUUAGAAACAAUGCUUAAUCUUCGGGGCGGACUAGAGGCAUUUCGAGAAACCAAUCCACAACUUUAUUCCAUUGUAUGCUGGUUCGAUUGCUCUGGAUCUUGUAAUCUGCUGUCCAAGCGCCGAUUUACACCAAUUAAAUACGUUCCAGAUCUGCUGUAUACUGCCAUCGAUGGUGUGCCGGAGAAGAUCCUCCAAGGCUUGCCCGUGGGGUAUGACCUCUUCAAAGAACUGGUUAGCAUGUUCGAAGGUAUGCACAACGUGACUUCAUUGGUCCAGUCAAGUGGGGAUCAUAUCCACGAGCGACCAGAAUUCAUCGUUCAGAGUGAGGCAGAGCUCUACAAGACUCUCUGCAUGCCAGACACUGAAGGAGUCAGAAGUCGUCGUCGACAUAUCCACCAGUCGCUUCUGAUCCUACCCCUCGUAUACAUGGCUUUGGUGUCGGAGUAUGAAGGCGCCUCUGCUGAGCUCUUUCUGUACAGAUUUCAGAAGGUUUUGGCUGGUGAUGCUGCUCCUUGGGGUGAAGCGGUUGCUAACCUCUUCCGCACACUACUUGUGAGCGAGCCAUGGGAGUCGAGACUCUUCGCGAUGCAAAUAUCACUGCUUGUGGAUGUUUGCACUACCCUCGAAUGGCAAUCGUGGCGAGAAAUCAAGUCAUCUCUGCUACAGUUCUUUAUAUAUGAUCCUGCAUGUCAUGGACCAAUGCAGGAGUCGUGGAAGAACAGAAUCAUCACGAUAACGAAGUGA